AUGGUGUCCCAUACGGUACCACCCGAGGUUAUUGACCUGGAAAACGCAGAUUUCAUCAAUCCGCGGGACCCAGAAACACUAUUCAAUCUACGAAAUCAUUUUAAAAGAAAACAGUGUACCUUUACAAACGAGAUAUCACCAAUCCUUAAACUGGGAAACAAAGUGAAUAACAAUAAUAUUAGCCCAGCAAUGGAAGCCUUCAAAGCCAAACUCGCUGAAUAUGAAUAUACUAAAAGGAUUCAGCGAAAAGUCAUGACUGGUUUGAUAGAAGUAAUUGACAAAUAUGUCAAUUUCUUUGUUGCAAGGAACAAAAAAACAACUACCAGGAAACUAAGUACUAGAGUUGUUGAAAUCCUUACAUUAUCUAUUAACAAUAGAUCUGAUCAAGCAUCGAACUCAUUGUACACAUUACCGGCGAUAAGAAAUACAGCUUCUUUGAAAACACAAACUAUUACCAAAACCUACACGGGGAUCCUCAAGACCUCCAAAACAAGUCAGAAUGGGGCAGGCCGAAAGGAUCUACCUAUACCCCAAAAGACCCUACCAAAGGCCCUACAUAACAACGUAAUCAACAGCCCACCUGAUCGCCUAGCAUACGCGAUGGCACGCCCACAACCGGGCACAACCGCCUACACCAGGCAACACAGCAGGACCACCUCAACCGGCGGAGGAGAGAAUGCACAAAUUGGAAGUCCCUGGGGUCCCAGUAUCGAUCCGGCUGGUGCAACCCAGCAAGAUACACCAGACUCACCCACUGCACAAACUGUAAAUUGCCCUACAGUAUCUAAGGUAAUGGAUGGCAAGGUCAUAAUGUCUACCAAACUACAACUUAAGGCUAUUCGAAAACCGGCUCUAGCUAUGAAAGUAGCAAUGCUCACCAAUCAAAAGCCUAAGGAUAACCCUAAGGAGGGACCUGUAUCAAAGGCAUUUACUUCCACACCCACCCCUAUAUCAGUACCCAAACGCUAA